UUCCAUUUCUUAUUUGUUUACUUUUGUAUUUCAGCUCUUUCAUUAAAGCCGUAAAUUACAAUAUUCAUAAUAAAUUAUAAUUUGAACGUAUUUGCUUACUAUAAAAUGCGUAAGCGUGAGUUGCAAAGCAUUCCUCUAAAGUUGGGCGAGUUAAAAGAGUAUGAUAAUAUACGAAAUGAGCGCGCUGCUGCCAGGAGCCAGGUGCCGCACGAUGACAGUCAAACUACUGAGCAGCCAUCGCCGAUUGCCAAUGUCGGACCAAAAACUAAGAAGGAAAUCCAAUCUCGAUUGAAUGCUACUACUUAAAAACUUUGAAGGCAACAAAUAUAGAUUUUACAUUUUAGGGAUUUAAUUUUAAGUUGUAUGAAAGAUUGCAGUUUAUAAUAUGUAAAGUUUCUUCAAUGAUAUUGUGAUAGAAUUCUUAAUAUACAUAGUUUCUGGUAAUCUCUGACAAA